CUUAUUUUUACAGGCAAAACCAAAAAACUAUUACGAUGAUCGUCGAUGCUGUUGAAAACUCGCCAGAUCUGGCUGCGUUAUCUGAGAAAACGCUGUUCCCGACAAGUAUUUCCCCGGAUGUACCUGAAAUAAAGGUUUUCGGGAAAUGGAAUACGGAUGAAGUGCAAGUUUCGGACAUCUCGUUGACGGAUUACAUUGCCGUCAAGGAAAGUUCAGCGCGAUUUCUUCCUCACUCCGCUGGUCGUUUCGCAAAGAAGAGGUUUCGGAAGGCUUUGUGUCCGAUUGUGGAACGUCUGUGCAACAGUCUUAUGAUGCAUGGCCGAAAUAAUGGGAAGAAGUUGAUGGCCGUUCGUAUUGUGAAGCAUGCAUUUGAAAUAAUUCAUCUUUUAACCGGAGAGAACCCGCUCCAAGUGCUCGUCAACGCGAUAAUCAACUCUGGUGCUCGCGAGGAUUCAACACGCAUAGGAAGAGCCGGAACUGUGCGUCGUCAAGCAGUCGAUGUUUCCCCUCUUCGUCGUGUCAAUACGGCCCUCUUGCUGCUUUGUACCGGAGCACGAGAAGCAGCUUUUCACAACAUCAAAACGAUUUCGGAGUGUUUAGCGGAUGAAUUAAUAAACGCUGCGAAGGGUUCGUCGAAUUCUCAUGCUAUCAAGAAAAAAGACGAAUUGGAACGUGUCGCAAAAUCGAAUCGAUACGAGACGGUCGCUCGCAAUCUCCAAGAAAUUUUAGGAGAUGAUCAGUUGAAAGAAAUUUUGUCAAAAGAUGAUAGUGAUUUCAAGAUUUAUUGGGGAACUGCUACUACUGGAAAACCACAUGUUGGAUACUUCGUUCCGAUUUGCAAAAUCGCUGACUUCCUGCAUUCAGGGUGUCAUGUUACCAUCUUGUUUGCGAAUCUUCACGCAUUUCUGGAUAAUCUCAAAGCUCCUUGGGAGCUGCUGGACCUGAGAACGGAAUAUUAUGAACACCUUAUCAAAGCAAUGCUGUCUUCUAUUGGUGUUCCUCUGGAAAAGUUGAGUUUCAAGCGUGGGACUGACUACCAGUUGUCCAAAGAAUAUACACUAGACUUCUACAAGCUUUCGUCCAUUGUUUCGGAACACGAUGCAAAAAAGGCAGGAGCCGAAGUUGUGAAACAAGUGGACCAUCCUUUGCUCUCUGGCCUUAUUUAUCCUGGCCUGCAGGCUUUGGAUGAAGAAUACCUUGGAGUUGACGCUCAGUUUGGUGGAGUUGAUCAGCGCAAGAUUUUUACGUUUGCCGAGAAGUAUUUGCCACAACUUGGGUUUAAGAAACGCAUUCAUUUGAUGAAUCCCAUGGUUCCUGGAUUGACCGGCGGAAAAAUGUCAGCAUCCGAAGAGGAUAGUAAAAUCGAUUUGUUGGACACACCAGCAGCAGUGAAGAAGAAAUUGAAAAAGGCCUUUUGUGAACCGGGAAAUACAGCGGAGAAUGGAGUUCUUUCUUUCGUCCGUUACGUUAUAUUUCCUCUUUUGAAACCUGGAGAAGAAUUCGUGAUCUCGCGUUCUGAAGCCAAUGGUGGGGACUUGAAAUUCGAAAAUUACGAAUUACUGGAGCAGUGCUUUUCAAAGCAAGAACUUCAUCCUGGUGACUUGAAAGCCGGCCUUGAGAAGCAUCUCAAUGCCCUCUUGGAUCCAAUAAGAAAGACAUUCGAAGAUCCAAAGCUUAUUGCCUUGGCCGAAGCUGCGUAUCCAGUACCUGGAAAAAAAUCUGCAACGGCGAAAAAAGCAACUGGUGCUGGUGGCGAUGCUGAAAUUAUGGGACCACACCUUUUGGACAUUCGCGUCGGGAAAAUUGUUGAAAUUCAACGGCAUCCUGAUGCUGAUGCUUUGUAUGUUGAAAAGAUUGACCUCGGUGAACCGGAACCAAGACAAAUAAUAAGCGGCCUCGUGAAACAUGUAACUAUUGACGAGAUGAUGAAUCGGAAAGUUGUCGUGCUCUGCAAUUUGAAACCAGCUAAGAUGCGUGGCUUGGAAUCAAAAGGAAUGGUUCUAUGUGCAUCGACGGAGGAUAAGGUGGAACCUUUAAUCGUACCCGAAGACACACCUGUUGGUGAAAAGGUUAUGUUCGAUGGUAUCGACGUCAGCUGUCCCCCACCGGUUGUCAUGAACCCCAAGAAGAAAAUCUGGGAAACUCUGUCGUCCCCGGUCAAGAUGAACUUCCUUUUGUUUGCCGUCGUGAUCGCGACGUGUGCAGAAGCGCGUGUUUUCCACCUCGGGCGUUACUGGCAAAAGGCGAAAAAUCCAGUGGAUUUCGGGUACAAGCUUCCAGAGGCUCGCUAUGUCACCCAGAAAGUUGACAACUUCAACGCUGUUGACGUCAGUACGUGGAAACAGAGAUACUUCGUGAAUGAUACAUUUUUUAAGCCGGGUGGACCAAUAUUCUUGAUGAUCGGAGGUGAAGGCCCAGCGAAUCCGAUUUGGUCUGUCGUAGGCACGUGGGUGAAAUAUGCCGAGAUGUUUGGUGCCCUAUGUUUCCAGUUGGAGCAUCGUUACUACGGCGAAAGUCAUCCUGUUCUGGAUUUGAAUGUCAAAAAUCUGGCGUAUUUGUCAAGUGAACAAGCCUUGGCGGAUCUCGCUUCGUUCAUUGGUCAAAUGAAAGCAGAAUGGAACCUCACAAACAACAAAUGGAUUGCAUUCGGGGGCUCAUAUCCAGGUUCAUUGUCUGCUUGGUCUCGUCUAAAAUUUCCGCAUUUGAUUCAUGGAGCGGUUUCGGCCAGUGCCCCUCUACGGGCUCAGUUGAAUUUCGCCGAUUAUAUGACUGUGGUGGAAGAUGCUAUUUUGAAGGAAGGUGGUCACUUGUGUGUCUCUGCAAUUGCAGCGGCGUCAAAUCAAGUACGGAAAUUUCUUGGGCACCCAGUCGGAUGGGAGACGUUAAAAGACAAGUUCAAUCUCUGCCAGAAGCUAAAUGCCAAAGUGGAACCUGAUGUUUGGAAUCUCAUGGAAUCACUUGCCGGUAACUUUCAAGGUGUUGUGCAAUACAAUAAGGACAACCGGGAAUUUGAGGGUAUUAAAGGUGCUAACAUAACUGUGAAAACUCUCUGUGACAUAAUGACGGAUAAAGAUUCCACGCCAUUUGAGAGCUAUGCAAAAGUCAACCGGCUGAUGUUGGAUGCAGUGGAUCAGAAGUGCUUGGAUCACGAGUACAAGGCUUUGAUCAAAGAUCUGGCUGGAACGGACUGGAAUUCGAGUAGUUCCGAAGGUGGACGCCAAUGGAUGUAUCAAACUUGUUCCGAGUUUGGUUAUUAUCAAACGUCGGACAACAGCAAAAUCUUCGGAAACGACUUUCCAUUGGAGUAUUUUCUUCAGCAAUGCGUCGACUUGUUUGGUGCAAAAUUCAGUGCAGAUUACGUCUCGGAUGGCAUUUCUAGGACUAAUUGGAAUUAUGGUGGAACUGAUAUCAAAGUCACUCGAGUGGCAUUUUUCAAUGGGGCUAUCGACCCUUGGCACGCAUUGGGAAUCGUGAAGGAUCCUGCUGAUCAAUCCACGAAAGCUUUCUAUGUUCCUGGUGUUGCUCACUGUGCCAACAUGUAUCCAGAGAGAGAUAUUGACUCCGUAGAUCUGAAAAAUGCGAGGAGAAAAAUUGGUAAACUCAUCGGACAGUGGCUGUUGGAGUAAACGCGUAGUUUCUCGUUCGAAAAUCUGUGUAAUACCAUUUGAAAAGUGUUGAUUUUGCUUUGGAUGAAAGUGUUAUUUGUUCGGUUUUUAAGAGAGAUAUGAUGAGCUUGGCGUCACCUUGCCGACGUGGUAAGUGUAAUUCGUAUGGAUUGUUCUCGAGCUGUGCAAUUUCGGAGAUUUAUGAUCGGUAUUAAAUGCUAUCACGAAUGGUCUGUUUUACUGGGAAAA